CUGCGCGGGGCGUCGCCUUCAGCAAAGAUGGCCCCCGCCGAGCGGCUUCCUUAACAGUCCGGGUUCCGGUCGCGGUUUCCCCGCCGAGAUACGCGCUUGCAGACGGUGAAAUGGAGGCCAGAGACAAGCAGGUGCUUCGUUCACUGCGCCUGGCGCUGGGUGCCGAGGUCUUGGUUGAGGGGCUGGUUCUUCAGUACCUUUACCAGGAAGGGAUCUUGACUGAAAACCAUGUUCAAGAAAUCAAAGCUCAAACCACAGGCCUCCGGAAAACCAUGCUGCUGCUUGAUAUCCUGCCUUCUCGGGGUCCUAAGGCCUUUGAUACAUUCCUGGAAUCUCUGCAGGAGUUUCCCUGGGUCAGGGAGAAGCUGGAGAAGGCAAGAGGAGAAGCUGUCACUGCGCCUCCUGCAGACGAAGGAAGACCUGGAAUCCCCCCGCACAUCCUCAACAGCUCGCCGUCGGACCGGCAGAUUAACCAGCUGGCUCAGAAGUUGGGCCCUGAGUGGGAGCCCAUGGUGCUGUCACUGGGGCUGUCGCAGACUGACAUCUACCGCUGUAAGGCCAACCACCCCCACAACGUGCAGUCGCAGAUCGUGGAGGCUUUCGUCCGGUGGAGGCAGCGCUUUGGGAAGGAGGCCACCUUCCAGAGCCUGCACCAGGGCCUCGUGGCCGUGGAGGGGGACCCCUCACUGCUGCAGCACAUGGUGGAAUGACCCUGCCUCCAACAAGCCCCAUGAAUGGAGUCCCUGUGUCACCUGACUGGCACUUAGGGCGGGUGCUCUCCUCUCUUCAGUUGAUUUCCUUUCGUAAUGAUCUUGAGAGAGAGGGACAGCAGAGCUUCCCCUGGAUAAGACUCAGAAGGCCAGGAUUACACAGUAACCUCCUACCGUGGCUGGAUUAUCCAUUGUUUUUAAUUGCUUGAAGAUUGUAUUGCUGUAAUUGUGUAGUUUUUAUUUGUGCCAUUGCCAUUAAUAGACUGGUAAAUGACAGUGGCAUUAAAAAGUGAUAUCACUUUACAUUCAGAUGUCUUCUGUAUAAAACACCCACUUUUGAGUUUCUUGGGAACUGAACUGUGGACUUUGCUAAAAUUAAUGCUGACGAUAAUAAAAAGUAAAUUACUGCAUGUAA